GAGAAUAAUUACCGACAACAAUUGCGCAAAUAAAACGCUCCAGUCACUGAUAGUAAUUAAGAUAAUUUAGAUAAUAGAACGAGCUCUUUUUCCUUUGUGCAAUAUUGUGUAACACAGACGCUUUCAAACUUUAUCGAGAGAAGGUUCAUAGUUUAAAGAAUGAGCUUCAAAAACAAAACAGUGCUCAUUACUGGUGCUAGUUCAGGAAUCGGGGCCGCUACCGCCAUAGCUUUUGCCAAGGAAGGGGUUAACGUAGCGAUUAUUGGUCGCAACCAGGAAAAACUCGCGAUAACCGUCUCACAAUGCGCUGAAAACGGCCAGGUUCCUUUAGUGAUGGUAGCUGAUGUAACAAAAGACGAAGAUUUGAUCCGAGCCGUGGAUACAACAGUGAAACAAUUUGGAGGCAUCAAUGUCUUAGUUAACAACGCAGGUCUAAUGCGAUUCGCCAGCAUUCUUGACGACAACAUCAUGGAAGCUUACGACCAGACUUUCGACACGAACCUACGCGCAAUCUUCCGUUUGACAAACUUAGCUGCUCCACACCUCAUCAAAUCUAGUGGCAACAUCGUGAAUAUAUCCAGUAUAGCCGCCUUAAAGAUGCCAGACCACCCUAGCCAUAUCACAUACUACGUUUCGAAAGCUGCUGUAGAUCACUUCACAAGGUGCAUUGCUGCAGAAUUGGCUUCGAAAGGCGUAAGAGUCAACAGUGUCAACCCUGGGCCGGUUAGGACUGACUUUGCGGAUAAUAUUGGGUUGUCGAGAGAGGAGGCGGUCGGUUUUUGGGAACGUUCGGGUAAACUGACAGCUUUGGGGAGAAUCUGCGAGCCGGAAGAAAUAGCCGAUAUGACGGUGUUUCUGGCCAGUGAUAAGGCCAGGGGCAUCACCGGGGCCAGUUUUGUUGUUGAUAACGGGAAGUUGGUUAAGAUUAAGACACCUUAAUUUAUAAAUAAAGGUCACAAGAUUUGUUGUGUAUGUGUUUUAUCGUAAUAAAAUUGGUAAGACCAAUU